AGUCAUUGUAUAUGACGUUUCCAAUGCUAAUCCACGCAAUGUCCAGUAGAGGGAGCAAUUCCCUAGUCUGUGAGUGGGUGUGUGUGUGUGCCAGUGACUCAGUCUGUACAAUGUAUCUGAUGUGCUUGUGGACAAGUCAGAACAAGAAACUUUAACUGGAGAUCAGAGCUGAGAGGUGAAGGGGAAACACCCUGCCGUGGGAAAACCUGAGAGAGAGAGGAUCUCAAGGACAUCCUGUGUGUGAUGGACAGUGAUUCCAGGAGUUCACCACACGACACACAGGAUAUAUAAACCUGAGGACAUCCCUGAUCAACCUGCUGGAACACAAUGCUCCCAUUUCACCUCUGGGGAACCAUUUAAAAGUCCGUGGGUUUGGGUAUAAACCAUCCAAUUAGUAAUCGCUGCUGUCACCCACUGUGUGAUCCCUGCCUCCAUGGCGACUCCGGCAGACCAGCUGGCGAAUGCAGCGGCUCGUGGCGACCUCCAGCUGGCGAGUGAAAUGCUGGAGGGGGGAGCUGACCCUAAUGCCCCUAACUCAUUGGGAAGGACUCCCAUCCAGGUAAGUGCCAAGUGUGGGCUUGGGAAUUAAAGAGUACCUCCAUCAUGCUGAUCUGCCUAUAGACAUUAUACCCUGCCGGUAUACUGCAAGUACGGCAUCACCCAAACCGGUACACCGACAGCUAUUGACAAUAUACCCUGCCGGUAUACUGCAAGUACGGCAUCAUACAAACCGGUACACCGACAGCUAUUGACAAUAUACCCUGCCGGUAUACUGCAAGUACGGCAUCACCCAAACCGAUAGCUGGUUCAGAGCUGUGCAUCACAGCUAGGUCUCUAUAAGUGCAAACAGCAAUUUAUAUUUUACCAGUGCAGCAAUGUCAGCUAUACAGGUUAGCAUAGCACAAUAUUUUAUCUAUAGACCAUAGAUACAAUUACAGAGAGGUAAAUAUUAAUUGGAAUAGAAGUGUCGUCAUGAAGAGAAAAACGAAACAUUAAAUGUGUCUAUACGUCAUGUAUUUACAUGCAUAGGCUACAAAGCAAUAAUAUCGGUGUAGAGAGACAUAGCAAGUUACACCAAUGUAAACAUAGACAGAUUGUGACUGCAUGCCUAUAGAGAUAGGCAGGCAGACAGACACAGGAAGGACAGUAUCUAGACAGACAGACAGUGUUUGCUAUCCUUCCUACUUUGAGCAAUAUAGUUUGUAACAAUACGCUAAAUCCCAUCUUCCAUUAAUCUAGUUUACCAUUUAUUUAAAUACCUGCGAGUUCCAAGUUAUAGUGUUCACUAUGUGAAUGUAAAUAAUAUGGAUUAUAUACUGCACCAUAUAUUCAGUAAGGAAUCAGGGCAAUAGGUUCGGGCUUGUGUUAUUAUUACUGCUAUUCACAUCAAAUCAAACUUUCCUCGUACCUUCAUUAAACAUAUCAAUAGGAACUUUUUUAAAUGGAUAAUAUUGCAUAAUUUGCCAACCCAAGGGCCAGUCUACAACUGCUAUUGUAACAGGAUAUCAAAUAAUUCAAAUAAAUAGAGAGGUGUGUGUGUGUGUGUGUGUGUAAAUGACUCAGGUGUGGUAUGUGUGUUUAUUGAAGUCAUUUAUAUAUGCUGUGCAACAUGUACAUACUGUGUGUGUCUGUAAACUAGAGCUGUUGAUGCAUGAUUGUGUGUGUGUGUGUAAAUUAUGUCUGUCUGUAUCUAUCUCUCUAUCUGUGUAAAUUAUUUAUGUGUGCUUUUUUUAUAUAAGGUGUGUGUGUGUGUAUUUGUCAGAUAUGUAUCUAAUAUGUGUUUUUGUGUGUCAGAUAUUUGUGUGUGUGUGUGUGUGUGUUUUAUGCGUUGCAUGUUUAUCAAUUAUAUGCCUACGCAUUGGAAUCUGCUUUUUCCCUCAAAAACAAUUAUUUUCAAUUCUUGUCCUCUACCUCCAUUUGCUUCUAAUAACAAUAGCAAUGAGAAAUGCAUGUCUUUAUUAUACGAAUUCUAUUAUGAUGUACUUAAUUUAAUUAUACACAGUAUAGUUUUCUCUUGGAAAUGGUUUAAAUUAUUAGAUACUUGCUUAAUAAUUGAGUAGAUUCUAUAUAUAUAUAUAGAUAUAUAUAUAUAUAUAUAUAUAUAUAUAUCUAUAUAUAUAUAUAUCAUCCAAGUAGAGAGCACUCUGGAGUCUUUGUUUUAUAUCAAAAUAAAUACUGCUUUAUUGUGCAGAAUACAAAAAUGUCGACGUUUCAGUCACAGACUUUUCUCAAGACCCAUAUAUAUAUGUAUGUAUACUGAGGAACUACAUAUACUAUUUAUCUGAUACGUAACAAGUACAAUUGAUACAGAAUGGAUAUAGCGGUGUGUUAUGUAGCAUUGAUAUGCGCUACGUAUUGGUAAACAACAUUAAACAUAGAAAUGUUAGAUGAGAUGCUAUUUAUAUUUCACUGAAUACUUUAUUGUGAACCUACAGUACGUACAUGUCAGUUUGCAAUAUAUGGUGAGUUGAAACUGAGAGUUCACAAAAUCUCCCUUGUAAAUGAAAUGGGGCUAUACAUCGUUCUAAAGUCGAGUAUCGCUGUUUAGUGAAUACAUCUUUACCACUAUUUAAGAAUUAUUACACAGCGUCCUUAUAUAUUCGCAUAUUUCCUUGGUAUAUAUAAUAAUGUAAUAUGUAUCCAUAAUGUUUUGCAGAGCAUGGCUUUGGGUAGGCUCUAAUGACAUAUUUCUUUAAAAGUAAUUUAAGUAAGAUAUUGAUGAUUGAUGCUAGACAUCCCUAAUGUAUAUUCAAUAGAAUUUGCAUGAACAUGUUAAAUAAUUACUGUAACUAGAAUUGUAAUAACAAGGACAUUUCCUGGAAUCAAUACAUAGCUAAAACCAGAACAGGAAAAUGAAAGUAGAUCUAAAAUUGUUUCUUGUAUUUUCCUAUGAUAGAUUGAUAAGCAUUUUUAAUGUAUAGUCAGUUGUGUUUUGUUUUUUAUCUAAUAUAUUUGAAUAAAAAUAUAUUUUAAUUUACAGUAGCUAUCUGUAUUUAUCUAAUAUAAAGAAACAUUGAAAAAUGGUAAUUUUAUAUUUGUAUCUAUUUUAUUAUCAGCAUGGGAUAAGGCAGAGAUUCAUUUGCGCUACAUAAAUAGUAGUAAUAACAAUAAUAAUAACAAUAAUAAUAAUAAUAAUAAUAAAUGAAAAUAUUAUAACGUGCCAUAUAUGUUUCUCUUAGUAUCUAAAUGUAGUGGUUGUUUUAUUUCUUCUUCUCUAUAUAUAUUUAUAAUGCUGGGUGUCUAGAUACAUUUAUACGUAAAAUAUAAACACUCAUUUAAAAAAAUGUAUUAAUGUAAAAUGUAUAUACGUGGGUGGGUGUAUAUGUACGCAAAUAUUUGUGUGUGCCAAUAUAUUUGUUUAAUAUAUAAUAUAGAUAACUAUAUGCAAAUAUUAUGCUUAAAUAUACAUAUGUGUGAUUAAAAUAAAAGUCAAAGCAAAAUAUAGAUUUUUUAAAAAUAUAUAUAUAUGUUGUUUAAAAAAACGUUGCUAUGCAGCACUAACAUUGAUUAAACUCUAAAAACAAACUAAAUAAUCUUUCAUAGCUUGUUAAAUCAAUCGAUAAAUAAUUUUCUCAUCUUUAUCCACUAAAAUAUAAAAAACUAUAAGAAUAUAUCAGACAAAAUAUAAUAUAAUAAUACACUAAUAAAAAUAAUAUAAAAAAAAUAUAAGGUAUUGCAAGAAUGCACCGCUCCUGCAGUAUAGUGAUGGCAUUAAUCUGUGCAGACAUUAGUUAAAGAGAUUACAAUGUGUAACCGUUUACAAAUCAGUUAAACGCAGUUACAUUCUUAUUGUGGGGGGAGUAAUUGCAACAUAUUUUACCAUAUGUUGUCAUUUGAAUCCACAUGGUUAGUUUCCUUUAUUACAUUAUUAAAGUGUAAAUGAUCAUGGAAGCAAUGCAGGACAGUACACAGCACAGUCAUACUGGGGGAUUUAUUAUCUCAUUACACUGACAGCCGAUAAUGUGAACUUUGGCAGCUGACCCUAGCUCACACAGGAUUUUUCUCUAACAUGAUUUUUUUAGGGGAGGGGGGGGAUUAGGGGGGGAGAAAUCAAUGUGAAUUCAAGAUGAAUUCCAAAUUUUAACCCAAAGUAGUUGAACUGAAAACAAGGUCUGCCUUAUAAUUUUACAGCUAGAGUCUGUUGCCCUAAACCUUGAAAUUAAUUUUGACGUUGAAUUGCCAAUAUUAAACCAAAGAAGAUCAUUCAGUAAAAAGCAAAUUGUAGGGAACUGAAACUUUUAAUUGUAACAUUUUGACUAAAAUAACCAUGUUUUUAUUAGACAUUUUUUUGCAGAUUGAUGUUGCAGGAUGUAUACACCAAGCUGAAACAAAUUGUAGAACAAAUACCUUAUUGCUAGAUAUUCGUAUUGUAUGUGCAAAUAGAACAUUACAUUAAAUACGAAUCCAUUAAUGUUAAACAUUAUGCUCACUUCCAUCUAUUUGUAAUUUAUACGCAUUAUUUUGUGUAAUAUAUUCAGGGUAGGUAAAUAAACUGUGUGUGUAAUAUCAGGUAUUUCAUGACAAAGUUCCAAGAAUGGCUGUCUAUUACUCGUAUGAUAUGGAGUGUUAGCUAUGCGAUAUAUGGCUUCUGAAUUUAAUAAUGCUGUUGACAAAUAUAUUUUUAAUAUUGCUGGUAUGAAAAUCUAAUGAUAUAACAAUUGAAUGAUUAAUAAUUUUCUCUUGUUUUGCUUCUUUUUUUUCUUUCUUUGUUUUGUUAAAGGUGAUGAUGAUGGGCUGCACCAAAAUGGCUGAGCUCUUAAUAAGUUAUGGUGCAUACCCUUCUAUCCAAGAUCCGGACACUGGCACAAGCCCAGCUCACGAUGCAGCCAGAGAAGGAUUUGUAGACACUCUAAUAGUCUUGUGCAAAGCCGGUGCCAGUAUCACUGAACCCCUUGACAAAUAUGGGAAGCGCCCCAUAGACCUGGUCACGGAACAGAUGAUGGAGGUGCUGAGACAGGAGCAGAUGUUGGACUGAUUCUACUAAUAGAUUUACUAUUCGGUCUCAGAUGACCUGUGAAUGUACUGUACUGCAUAUUUUGCACAUGUAAAUAGGACAUGAUAUUGUAAAAGUUUUUAUGUGAUUCCUUUAUUUACUAUUAACGCUAUAUAGAGGCAUCCUAGGUGUCAGAUACUGUGUAAUAAAAAAAAAAAGAAGACUGCUGAUUUUUGAGGAUCAUAUUGGUGACAAUGUUUCAAAAGAAAUCAAAUUCCUGUGUGGGGAACCUAAAUGGAGCCACAAUAAAUUAUAUUAUUAUUUGCGUGGGGUUUCAGUUAUUCAAUUCACUUUACUUUCUGUCCAGGCCCGGAC